AUAUUGGAAUGAGUCUGCCGCGGGUGCGGGUGGAGGGACGGGUCGGCUCCGCGCAGCGGAAAAAAAAUAACUAAAAAAAAAAAAUCCCAAACUUGCUCAGUUUGUGCCCUAGGAACUCUCUGCUGCAGGAUGAAUUAGGAAAGGAAGGACUCUUUCUCUGAACCAUGGACACAAGAACAUCUUUCAUCACUACCAUGCAAGAGAGCCAGCAUCUAUCCCCAGAGAAGGGGCAGGGCCUGGCCAAUGGUGAUGGGGAGCAAUUUGAUUCAGAUGAGGGCUCCAGCAUUGAGGAUGCAGACUUCAACUGGGAUGAGUUCCUGGAGGAAACAGGAGCCAGUGCUGCUCCCCACACCUCCUUCAAACACGUUGAAAUCAGCCUCCAAAGCAGUUUUCAGCCAGGGAUGAAAUUGGAAGUGGCCAACAAGAGUAAUCCAGACACAUACUGGGUGGCUACAAUCAUCACAACCUGUGGACAACUCUUACUGCUUCGUUACUGUGGCUAUGGGGAUGACCGGAGGGCAGAUUUUUGGUGUGAUGUAAUGACAGCAGACCUCCAUCCUGUUGGUUGGUGUACGCAGAACAGCAAGGUCCUGAUGCCUCCAGAUGCAAUCAAAGAGAAAUAUGUGGACUGGACAGAGUUUCUUAUCCAUGAUUUGACUGGCGCCCGGACUGCACCUGCAAAUUUACUGGAAGGCCCUCUGCGAGGAAAAAACCCUGUAGACCUCAUUACAGUUGAUUCCUUAAUAGAGCUGCAGGAUUCCCAGAAUCCCUUUCAGUACUGGAUAGUUAGUGUGGUUGAAAAUGUUGGAGGAAGAUUACGCCUUCGCUAUGUGGGAUUGGAGGAGACUGAAUCCUAUGACCAGUGGUUGUUUUACUUGGAUUGCAGACUUCGACCAGUCGGUUGGUGUCAAGAGAAUAAAUACAGAAUGGACCCACCUGCAGAUAUCUAUUCUCUGAAGACGAUAUCUGAGUGGAAAUGCGCCCUGGAAAAAUCCCUUAAUGAUGCAGCAAAUUUUCCUCUUCCAAUGGAAGUAUUCAAGGACCAUGCUGAUUUGAGAAGCCACUUUUUCACUGUGGGGAUGAAGCUGGAGGCGGUGAAUAUGAGGGAGCCGUUUCAUAUCUGUCCUGCAUCAGUGACUAAGGUUUUUAACAAUCAUUAUUUGCAAGUGACCAUUGAUGACCUGAGACCUGAAGCCAGCAAAAUCUCAAUGCUUUGCCAUGCGGAUUCCUUAGGGAUCUUGCCAAUACAGUGGUGCCUUAAAAAUGGAGUCAAUCUCACACCGCCCAAGGGUUACUCUGGCCAGGACUUUGACUGGGCAGAUUACCAGAAGCAGUGUGGAGCGGAGGCAGCACCUCACCUGUGCUUUAGAAACACAUCCUUCAGUCGUGGUUUUACAAAGAACAUGAAGCUGGAGGCAGUGAACCCUAGGAACCCUGCAGAGAUAUGUGUUGCUUCUAUCACUUCAGUUAAAGGACGGUUAAUGUGGCUUCACCUUGAAGGUUUACAGAUGCCCUCUCCAGAGUACAUAGUGGAUGUGGAGUCUAUGGACAUUUUCCCAGUUGGUUGGUGUGAAGCGAAUGCUUAUAACCUUACUUCACCACACAAAGCUGUUUUGCGAAGGAAGAGAAGAAUUGCUGUUGUGCAGCCAGAAAAGAAGUUACCAUCCUCAGUGCCUGUUGAGAAAAUACCUCAUGACCUCUGCCCAGUUCCUCAGCCAGACACAACAGGCACCAUCAAUGGGAGAUACUGCUGCCCCCAGCUCUACAUCAACCACCGCUGCUUCUCAGGUCCAUAUUUAAACAAAGGCAGAAUAGCAGAGCUACCUCAGUCUGUUGGGCCUGGCAAGUGCGUGCUGGUCCUUAAAGAGGUUCUGAGCAUGGUGAUCAAUGCAGCUUACAAGCCAGGGAGUGUUUUACGAGAACUGCAGCUAGUGGAAGAUCCUCAGUGGAAUUUCCAAGAAGAAACGCUCAAAGCAAAGUACAGAGGGAAGACAUACAGGGCGACUGUUAAGAUUGUGCGAACGUCGGAUCAGGUAGCGGAUUUCUGCAGAAGAGUCUGUGCAAAGUUGGAGUGCUGUCCCAAUUUGUUCAGUCCUGUGCUGGUGGCGGAAGUCUGCCCAGAGAACUGCUCCAUUCAUACUAAAACCAAGUACACUUAUUAUUAUGGAAAGAGGAAAAAAAUCAUUAAGCCACCAAUUGGGGAAAAUAAUAACAUGAAAAGUGGACAUGUCAAGCCAGCCAGACGCAGAAAAAGGCGGAAAUCCAUCUUCGUGCAGAAGAAAAGAAGGUCAUCAGCUGUUGAUUUGAAUGCUGCAGGCUCUGCAGAGGAGAGUGAAGAAGACGAGCCAGAUGCAGUUGAGGAUGAGACGGGAAGUGAGGAGACGAGCUCAGAGCUCCGUGAUGAUCAGACGGAUACCUCCUCUGCUGAGGUCCCCUCUGCUAGGCCCCGGCGAGCGGUUACCUUGCGCAGCAGCACUGAGUCAGACAGACCUCCUCCUAUGGAGAGGGCCCGGCGGAGCCGCCGGCCACAACCCAUCUCCUGCAGUGAGGUGGAGAAGUCACCACAGGUCAAGGAAGAAGUUAAGCAUGAAGAAGAAGAGAAGCUCAUCCUGGACAGUAAUCCAUUGGAGUGGACUGUGACUGAUGUUGUGAGGUUUAUUAAACUGACUGACUGUGCACCCCUUGCCAAAAUAUUUCAGGAGCAGGACAUUGAUGGCCAAGCCCUUCUGUUGCUGACACUGCCCACGGUGCAAGAAUGCAUGGAGCUGAAGCUUGGUCCAGCCAUCAAACUGUGCCAUCAGAUCGAGAGAGUAAAAGUUGCGUUCUAUGCACAAUACGCCAACUGACUGCACUUCUCUGUUUCUUUCUGUUCACCUUCUUGUUCCCUGUGUUUUUUAACAUUGAAACUUGUUCAAGUUUUUUUCCUCUCCCUCUUUUCUUUUCUAAAAAAAAAAAAAAAACCAACCAAACAAAAAAAACCACAUGGAUUUGGAAGCACUGGGAAUUAAUCUAUAGGGGGAAAAAAAAUACAACAAAAAAUCUAUCAACAAACUGAACUAACUGUUCAGUAGUUGUAAAGCACAGUGAAAGAUAGCUGGUAUCUCUCCUCAUGAGCCUCGCCAACAUAUUUUGAUGCAGUGCAAGGCCAGCAUGGAUCAGAUGGAUUGUCGUCCUUUAAAGCAAAGCUACCUAUGGCAGACACGUUUCCAUGGUGAAUAGUUGGACGUUUUCAGUAAUGACGGUUUUUCUUCAUCAAUUUCUGACAUGAACAGUCCUUUUAGCUAACUCUGACACACUUCUUUCAUAUUGAAAUGGAAGUGAGAAUUUGUAACAUUACCUGGGCUUUGCUGCAAGUUUGGUCUUAGUGAUCAUUGGGCUUUUUUUCACCUCCUCUCCAGUCAUACAAAAGGAAGAAGUGUUAUACCAGUCAUGUGCUAUUUGUUAUUACUGAGUGAGUUAUAAAGCGGGACUCAACCCACCUCCUCUGAAUGGUAUCACACAAAGCUGCAGCAAAUUGACAAGGCUGCACCAAGCCCUUAGGCAUAGUAAUGCUUUCUGAGCCAUGGUGGCUGUGUACAGUGAGCUGAAUGUCUCGCUGAUGGGAUCUCUGCAGUACUGCAUUCAUGUGAAGGACCAUACAUGAAAUUCCCCAAAGUCAAGGCUAUCCAGUUAUAUUUAGGUCACUAAAUAUAGGACGGACUUUGCAACCCAAGGGGUGAAAAAAAUAGGGGGAGGGAAGUCCAGAUUUAAUGGCAAGACCAUUCAGCACACACUGAUUUAACUUGCACCUUUGUCAGUCUGGUUACUAGGUGGGAAUAAAAAUCAUCAACAUUUCCAGGCUUUGUACACCAUGGUGCUUUAGUCCAACUGACCCGUCCAACCCAGUGCACCUUCUGUCACCAAUCUCUAUAUAAAGCUCCCACAUUGUCCCAGUAGCAGCCUGGCCAGUGAAACUGGGGGCUUGCUUUGUGCCAAGUAGGGUGAGCACCAGAGAGAGUGAAGAAGUAGGACAGACAUCUUGGUUUUGCCUCAACUGUACAUACAGGAUGAGUAUUUUCCAUUUACUUUACAGGGAUAGAUGGCCCUGUGAGUGCCACAUGUUGACCUCAGCAGUGGUUGGUGGCAUCACACUGGUGUAAAAUUCUUCUGAAAGCAAGAACCAAAUUGGUUCUGCAGACCAAGUCUGCUCUGACUUCAGGUGCAGGUGAAUUCUUCCCUCAAAAAGUGAAUGGGAUAGUUUGUGCUGAUUUCAUCAGAAACCACUGACUUCAGCACUUCUCUCUGCAAACUGGAAACAGACCCCAGUUCCCUGGUCCCAGGGAAUCCAGCCUAGAAAUUUAAUACAAGUACAUCACAGUGUUGCUAUGCCAAAGCCUACUCAGCUAAGACCUCUUCAAAAAUAAAUGUCAUUUCUAACUCUAAAUCUGAAGGCAUUUCUUAGGGCCAGAUAACCCCCAUCUCAAACAAUUAACAUAUGGUGACAGCAGACUUGUAUCACAUGAUCCUGCAGGCCUCAGUGUGCUCAGGAGAGCCUACUGACCGACACCAGGCUAUAGCUGCUGCUUUCUCCUUCAUCAGUUUCCUCCUUAAAAUCUUCGGUUUAAAGGUGGAAAGCCUCAGAAAUAGAGAUUCUGAACUAUGUCUAGAUUUGCUCCAGGGCAUGGAUUAGGUAAGAAGUAUGGCUAUGCAUCGUGAGGACAUUCUAGUCCAUCUUUAAGGGGGAUUCCUGAUUUGCCACUGAGGAGUGUGAUGGGUGCAAUCUGGGACAAUUCUUUCCAGCUCCUGAGACUUCACAGAAAAUUUUCUACUGAAGAUCUUGUUCAAGUUUUAAUCAAAUGUAGGAACACAUAAUCAUUGCUGUGCCAAAAUGUUUCCUUUUGUUUCUAAGAAGUCUAGGAAUAGGGUUCCGUGGUAUUGCAGACAUUCAAAAACUUGGCUUCAGACUGGAUUUCCUUCUGACAAUAGCAGUGAACUCUGUCCGUGCAACUACUUUGAUGACUACUUUGGAUUCCUCUAAAUAUGCCCUAAAAACAUUGCACCACUUUUCAUCUCUGAAUACAAAAGGAUUUUGCCCAGCAAGAAGAGAGUAGAAUCAUAGAAUUGUUAAGGUUGGAAAAGACCUCCAAGGUCAUCUAGUCCAACCAUCCAGCUACCACCAAUAUUGCCCACUAAACCAUGUCCUUAAGUACCGCAUUUCUUGAACACCUCCAUGGACGGUGACUCCACCACCUGCCCAGGCAACCUGUUCCAGAGCCCAAUCAGUCAUUUGAAGAAGAAAUUUUUCCUAAUAUCCAACCUGAAUGCUUCUCCCAGCUCCACACUGCUUCAGCUCAGUCACACAUCUGCCAGCAUAGGAUAGCCUCCAGAAGUCCGCUGCCAGAAGAACCAGCAAGGAUGUUUCAAAGAAAGAAAGUGUUCACAAAGCAACAUCCUAGCACCAGUCCUUUACUUACUGUGUCCACCUUCUGAGCAUCCUUUGCUGCUGUAAUGUCCCUUGGACUUUGUGGCCGCAGGGACUUGUUGAAGACAUUUAAUUCUUGCAGGGAUACAUUGAAAAAAGAAUCAGGCUUUUUCCAUCAACUUUGUAACUGUAGAUUUUCCGAUGGCAGCUAGCUAUUGUGGAGGCUGGGUCAGGGAGCGGCCUGUCCUAGUGUUGGCCAGGCUGGGGAUGGGUAGAGCAUUGAACCCAGCACAUGGGAGUCUUUACUGAUUUUUCAGGGAAGUUAAAUUGUAUUUUAAACUCACCUAUUAAGCAAAAACAAUCAACAAAAAAGUUUAAUUUUAGCUAACGCCGCCUCUUUUAUUUCCUCGGGAUUUUUGCUUCUCACCAUUUGUCUUUCAGUCUAAUAUUCUUCAGUGUCCUCUCAUUUAUCUCUGUCUAUCCUGUUGGAGAAGAUGAUAGCUUGAAAUCUCGAGCCUAAAAUUACCUUGCAUUGAAUGGGUGGUAGAUGCUUUAUUGCGUUGUUGUUGUUUUUUUUUUUUUUUUUUUUUUUUUAAGUAUGCAGAAUGGAAAGAAAAAGAGAAUUGGGCUACUGUUGUCUGUUGAAUUGAUUGCCUCCCAGAGAAGCUGGAGCCAGACCUCGUAGUUUCUUAAACAAGUAGAAGGUGGGCUCCUCACACUUCAAUUGAACAGUAUACCCAGAUUGUCACUUGAAGCUUGAGCAGAGAUCAGAAAGAAGUGUGUACUCUUUCCUGCACUUCAUUUAAAUUCCUGAAAAUUAGCCAGGGUUUGGAGUAAUUUAUUUCAAAAGAGCAAUCUUGUUAGGAUAAAAUGACACUUAACUUUGCUAUGUAGAAGCACUUUUGCAUGACAGUCAGAAGACCUGGGGGACUCCACACUCUUUGACUGACUGACCAUCGACCAUCUCUGGAUCAAGCCUUUCUGUAUCCAGUCAGGUGAUUUUAAAUCUCCCUUACCUAAUUCUAGUUACUCUUCAAUAUUGUAAGCAAGUACAGCAUCUGGUACUAAGCACUGCAAUGUUAGCAUUUAUAUAAAGGGGGUAGAUGAUUGAAGACACGUGACAUAGAGAUUUCUGUAUUUAUGACUCCUCCCUCUUUUAUUUCAUUUUGUCCAUGCCAAUUUCCACGUGACCAUGUUUGAUUUCCAAGUGGCAUUUUUAACUAAAACAGUCUUUUAAUGUGGUGACUUAGAUUUUUUUUUUUAUUUUUUAACAAUGGAGGUGCUUUUGGCCCUUCGUAGAUUCUGGGUCUAAUUCAGAGCUGAUGCAACUUCAUAGAUAUACUGGUGACACUGAUGAAGGCACGUCUUCUCAUUCUGAAUUUAAUACACGGGGCUGAAGUUUAUCACAUUACCAGUUAAAGUGAUGAAUUCAUGGGUUACCCAAGGCCAUUACCGAGGGCUGAGGAGCAACCCUGCAGUUGCUUUGGACUGUUGGAUGGUGAAUUUCAGCACAUUCACACUGACUACCUUUCUUCUACAAGAAAGGUGAGCAGGCACCUCUUGUUGGUCGCUCUUCAGGCAUAGGACUAAGGAUGGACAUUUCUGGAGCCUUUGUGCUCUGGAACACAAGUAAAGAGUAGGAGGGUGUGGUACCUGCCCAUCUCCAUUUGGCUUCUUUUGAGCUUGAGCUGGAUCAGGUUUAUAAGAGUUCUUGAGCCCUUUCCAACCCCAUCAGCAUUUACCUUGGACAGAAUCUUACCAGUCUUCAGUUCUACCCUGGUCUCUGAGGUUGGAUUAAAGCAGUAACUUACAGGAAUGUCUAUGACUCCCAGCUGGUAGACCUGCUUACUUGCUGCUGUCAUGGAUGCUCCUCUCCCACCUCAAAGGAAGAUGAUCUCUUUGAUUUCAGAGCUCUUCUUCCCUUUCCAGAUUGAAAACACAGCUGCAUCCACACCCCCGUUCUUUACUCAGUGCUAGUAUGACUGAACCCUGUCUGUUUCUACCUCUCAAAGGUAUGUUGGCUUCAACUCUGAGAAGGGUUUCAAGAUCUCCAGCUCCACCAUGUUAGCCAUAUGCAAUAGAUCUCAAGAAUUUGGUUUUGCAGGGUGCAGAAAACAUAGAAAUGCAGUGUUGAUUUCUAAAAUCAGGGCAAGUGCUUACACACCCCAUCCUUGAUGAAGCAUCUAGCAGAUUCAUGUCCUAGUGGAAGUGGCCCGAUCCACAUUUACGAAGGUAUUUGAGUGUCUGAUAGGAUGUACAAAGUUUCUCAGUAAAAGAUGCGUAAUGCCUGUUAAGAUUUCACCCUGGCUUAACAGCUGAUCUGCCUUAAACUGGAAUGUUGCCAUUCCUUGGCUUUAACUUGUAAGCUUUUGCUGUCCAUAGAUGUGGACUGAAGCAAACACCAUCUCAGCUCUCCGAACUCCAACCAGACACCAUUGAGUUGCCAUAAUCAAUCAUUGAUCGCCUGUGCCCUGAUCAUAUUGGGGCACAAAAUGGAUUUUGAUGGAGCUGCAGUGUAAUUGCAGUGCUUUUUAGAAGCUCAGUACCGUCAAGGUAUUGCAAAUGAUUUUUGUUUUUCUGGUGCACGGUGUCUGGAAGAAUAAUGCAGCUCAUACUGUUCCUCGUAAUUCACAAUUCAAGUGCCAAAAGAGAAGAACGUGCUGCAACUGAACACCAUUAAAACCAGCUUUAUUACUUGUGGAUAAUUAUAGUCUCAAGGGCUCCAUUUUGGUGCUAGAAUAUGCCAUGCUGUAUUUUCCAUUUCUUGGAACUAUGAAGCUGAUUCCUCUCUUCAGGAAAUAUUUUCUGUAAUCAAAAACAUCUUAAACAUUAGGAUUGUAUGGUUGUUCCUUUUUUUCUCAUUCUUUGAUUCAGAUACACUCAAGAAAUGAAUUCCCUUCCCUCAGUCUUGUGAGUUUUUGAGAUCUUUUGUACAGUAUAUAUGCAUAUGUAUAUUUAAAAACUCUUUACAAAUUUCAGUGCAUGCCUGUUUUUUCCCUUAAUAAUAUUUUGUCAUAUCAGCUGACCUAUGAUUGAGGGAAUCUGUUACUCAGGAUUUGAUCCAGAAACGACCGAGGUUAGUGGAAGUGUCCUCACACAUGUGGGCUUUGGGACAGGGUCUUCAUCAAAUUCUUCCACUUAGAAGUCAAAAAGUGUGCAGUUAAUUAAUACAAAAUUGAAAAUCCACCCUCCUCCAGCAGGCAGAUAUCCUACUGAAAUCUGACGGACUUAAUUAUUAGAGGACUCAUGUCCUUAGGUACUCAAGAACUCCAAAAGAAAGGAGCAGAAGCAUUUAAUGUUCUCAUUUAUUAUUUGGUACAAUACUCCAGCAGCAAGUGCAAAUGAUCUUAAUGUCUGCGUUUAGAAUAUGAGUCAGUCAUCAAAGAAUGAGAGUUUUACAGCCCAGUAGUCCUUUAAAUGUCAUCUGUCCUGGAGGAGAAUGAUUUUACAAUGAUUUGGUGCCGUGCACUGGAAUUCUCUUGCAGAAGACAGAUGAACUGCACAAAAACAUAUUGGGUCAUCGUUUUAAGUACACAUGCCCUUUUAAUUGCUUUAGUCUUUCAUGGGAAAAAGGUUUUCAUGUUGCUGGUUUAAGACUCCCACUUCUGUAAUGGUUCGUGGCACAGCAUACUAGUGGAGUACAUUUGCAUCUGUUGUCACACUUUGUGUGAGUGUGGAGGUGUUUGUGGACAAGCAGAUACUUCAGAUAGGACAAGGAGAUCUCAUUUCAGUACCUUGUUGAAGGAGUCCUCUGUGGAGCCUGGAGGGCAUGUGCUCCCCAGAGCACAUCAUGGACAGGACAUGUUUCGAGCAGUGCUGUUGUUGCGUGGCCAUGUUGCCCAAGUAGUCUAAUGCAGCAAGACAGUUGCAUCCUACCCACAGAUAUUCCUGACCUUGAUAACUACCCAAGCUAGAUGUACGAGUGGGCAGGGAGGGUUUUCAGGGAAGAAGAGAGGGUUGGAGUUCUGCGUUUGAGGGUCUUCUCAUGUGAGGGAAGGGCAGCUGUGGUCUAUCAGUGUAAAUUCCUCAAGACAUCUCUGUCUUGCUCAUAGUAAAUAAAGAUGCUCUGAGCCCCUGCAGGGGCCAGGUGAGAGGAAGGAAAGAAGCAGGCAGUAUAUUCACAUCUAGAAAGCUGGAAGUUUUCUUUCUUGUUUUGCUGAUGGAGAUGAAGGGAUUUGGCCCUGAUGGGUGGAUAGGGGAACAGUAGGGAAGAUCUCCUGGUUUCUGGAGGCAACUUUUGGACUGCCAAGGGAAAUGUCAGGGACCUAAACUUGAGCUCUCUCCCAUAGAAACAGGUGAUACUGCCUUAAGCUCAGAUUGUGGAUCUACAAUAUGCUGUUGUGCAUUACGAUGUGAGAAGACAAAAAUCAGCAUUCCCAAGUCACCAGUCUGCUUGUUGCUGCUUCAGUCUCACUGAAGUUUAUGACCGUUAUAUCUGCUUAAAAAUGUAUACAGGGAUAUAAUGUACAGGCAGGCAUUCACUGUGAUACGGUCCAAAAGUGGUGAAAGAUCUCAACUGCAGGCUUUGAAAGGAGUUGUGUCUUCUCUUGUGCCAGUGUGAGGCAAGGCAAACACUCAGACCCACCUGACACUUAUGGAACAGCAGAAAUGAGCUCAAUAACCAACAGCCGUGGUCCAUUCGUGGUGAUGCACGCUGGAAAUCUGAAUUGUUUUGCAUUCCAGUUUGUAUGGAAGAUUUGAUUCAAACAAUGUAUAUAUAAUCCCUUUGGUGUGUUACAAAUAUAUAUGUGUGUGUGUAUAUAUAUGUAUAUACAUGUGUGCGUGUGUAUAUAUGUAUGUGUAUAUGUAUAUACAUAUAAACCAAUCAAUGCUGGUGUUUUUACUUUUUAAAGUUCAUGGGGCAAAGGGCAUGUUGUUAGUUUGCUGUAAGAUUCUAUUCUGUAUAUAUGUUUUCAUGUAAAUAAGUGAAAAUCUAUAUUCAGAGUUAUAUUUUAAUUUUUAUUCAAAAUGAAAUAAAUCCCCUUUUUACUUGAGCAAUUGUAAGCUACGUUGUUAAUAAAGUAACAAUAAAUCACAUUUCUCUCAA